UGUCGUUAAAUGGGAGCUCCCCAUUUAUGCAAAUAUGCAGCUGAUGACGACAGUCAAAAGCAGCCUCUAGAUUUUUUUUGAUAUGAUAAACCAAAGGAUAUCAUUUGCUGGUUGGGUGGAUGUUUUCAGGUUUUAUACAAGCCCUGAAUCAAAGCCAUAUCAACAGCACACAUGACUUCAUUGUCAUAGGUGAUCAAUAGUCCCACCUAAACAAACUUUGCCCAGUCACGUGAUUGUCUCUACAGGCUAGCCUACACUUGUUGAUUGAAAGUUGACAAUGAAGUUUGUAAAUCUUUUCGGCAAAGUUAAAUCAUCCGUCAUAGGCAUGAUUCAUGUUCGGGCUCUCCCAGGCACUCCUUUGAACACUGCACCCCUGUCUGAGAUAACCCAGGAGGCCUGUCGUGAAGUGGAAAUUUACCAAAGGGCUGGCCUCGACGGAUUGAUUAUUGAGAAUAUGCAUGACAUUCCGUACACAUUCGACAUUGGACCAGAGAUCUGUGCCAGCAUGACUGCCAUCUGUGCUGAGGUACGACGCCUCUGCCCAUCCAUGCCACUUGGAGUGCAAGUCCUGUCUGCCGCCAAUGAAUCAGCGUUGGCUAUAGCCCUUGCUUCAGGUUUGGAUUUUAUCAGGGCAGAGGGAUACGUAUUUUCCCAUGUUGCUGAUGAGGGACUACUGAAUGCCUGUGCCGGCAAUCUUUUACGUUAUCGGAAGAAAAUAGGAGCGGACCAUAUCCAGAUCUUCACUGACAUUAAGAAAAAGCAUAGCUCUCACUCAAUCACGGCAGACGUGAGUGUUGUGGAGACUGCCAAGGCAGCCGAGUUUUUCCUCUCAGAUGGGCUCAUCGUCACAGGGACAGCCACUGGGGCGGAGGCCAAUCCUGCCGAACUCAGGGAGGUCUCUGAGGCUGUGAACAUCCCCGUGCUGAUCGGUUCGGGGGUGACCCAGGAGAAUGUGCAGCACUACCUGGAUGCUAACGCCAUGAUCAUCGGCUCUCACUUCAAGAGAGGAGGCUACUGGGCCAACGCACUGGAGCCUGAUAGGGUGAACAGGUUCAUGGAUAAGGUGGCUGACCUCAGGAAGUGAAACACAACGAUAGUAUUUCUGUAAGUGACAGAGGGUACAUUCCAAUAUGCAGACUUCUGUCCCCCACUUGUGCUUGUGGCCUCGCAUGUUGCUGACACCCCUGUCCAUGGAGAAUACAAUAAAGCUCCCCCGCUGUCAACCUAGCCACAACAAUUUUUGGGGGAUUGUUCUUCAUUCACCACCCCGAUUGCAAAUGAGCAAAUAACAAUAGAAUCGUGCUUUUGCAAGAUAUUGAAUUAAUUUUCUGUUGUCAGUGAUGUCAUUAUGAGGUCACAAGCAAGCAAGUGAGCGCAGGGAGGACAGAAGUCAGCAUAUUGAAAUCCACCCAGUCAUCUGAGUGAGUCCAUGCUCCAGAUCACAGCUGAUUUUAGUGUUAUUCUGACGUUGUUUAGAGUGGAUUUGUGAAGGUGUAAUAGAAGACAAUACAAAUAGGUUAUGAAAACAUACAAAUAUUUUACUCUUUUUUUCCUGGAAGGUGUUUUAUCAAAUAUAUACUUCAUAAUACAAAAUCACGGUAUUCACGAAUAUUUACAGGAUUGGCAAAGGCUUAGUCAUAAAAAGCAACCAUUUUAGGGCAAACAACAAAUUAACAGUUUUAACAGUGAAAUACCUUUGUAGCACACUUGGAGAGUACAGUGGUUUCAGCAAUAGUCACACAUUACUACUACAUUCAAAAGGAACAUACUUACAACUUAUAC